AUGUUAAGCAUUUGUUUUCUUACAUUCCUAUUCUUCACCUUUGGUGAUACUAAUACUUGGUCUGACCUUGAUAUUCCCAUUGAACAUGCAACUUAUUUCUUCACCAGUAAUCCGUCAAUACAUGCUCAAUGCCUUGCCGAUGAAGCUCGUUGUCCCUAUUAUGAACAAGCAAAAAAUCUUCCACCGUUUGACGUAGCUUGCUGGGGUUAUGAACCAAAUUGUAAAAACAAUGCAUCGCUUGUUCAAUGUUCCGGAGAUAGUCACGGCUGGACAACAUCAAAAGAAAAACAAAUUUUGGAAUUUUGGAAAACAGCUGACUUUGGCUAUAUAGCAGAAAAACGUAAUGAAUUAAGAGAAUUUUGUUCAUCAUCACUUGAAUGUGUUGAUCAUCUACGAUUUUGUCGAGCAAAAAAUAUUUACAUCGAUUUUCGACAUACUGAAACAUCGAAACAUACUGAUCGUUAUCGCGAAGAUAUACUUAAACCUGGUGAUAUCGGUGGUCACUGCAAAUUAAAUCGUGAUGAUUUAAUUAAAAAUGGUGAUCAUAAAAGUCCAUUACAAAGUUGGUUUUCUGAAUUACAAGUUUUUACGGAAAUCAAUGGUACAAAUUCAUUUAAUUGUGAUAUAACAAUAACUAAACCAACGAUAAUAAUUAAACUCGAUAGUGGAUAUAAUAUGUAUCAUCAUUUUUGUGAUUUUAUUAAUUUAUAUGUAACACAACAUAUGAAUAACAUGUUUUCAAAAGAUAUACAAAUUAUUUUAUGGGAUACAAGCAAAAAUGAUUAUUGGAGUUUUUUUUCUACUACAUGGACCGCAUUUACAUCCAAUCGUCUUAUUCAUAUUAAAGAAUUCGAAGGAAAACGUGUGUGUUUUCAAAAUGUUGCUUUUUCAUUUCUUGCUCGAAUGUUUUACGGUUUUUAUUAUAAUAUGCCACUUAUACCGGGCUGUACACAAACGAGCCUAUUUCGUUCAUUUCAACAGUAUAUUGUUCAUCGUCUUCGUAUACCGCAAUUAGGUCCAUUGAAAUCAAAUCAAAUCCGAAUAACAUUAUUAAAUCGUACGACACAAUAUCGACAGGUUUUGAAUGUUAAGGAAAUUGUUCAACAUUUAAGAAAUAUUUCAACGAAUGAAAAUAAUGAAUAUUUAAUUAAUGUCGUAGAUUAUAAUAUUAAUAUGCCGUUUAUUGAUCAACUUAAUAUUACGCAUAAUACAGAUAUUUUUAUGGGAAUGCAUGGUGCUGGUUUAACGCAUUUACUGUUCUUACCAGAUUGGGCAACUAUCUUCGAAAUUCAUAAUUGUGAAGAUAAAGAUUGUUAUUUGGAUUUAGCUCGUCUUCGCGGCGUAAAGUAUUUUACAUGGGAAAAUGAGGCUAAAGCCUAUCCACAAGAUGAAGGCAAACAUCCAACAUUGGGAACACCGCAUAAGAAAUUUACAAAUUACGCAUUUGAUAAAUAUGAAUUUGCUCGUGUUGUACGUAAAAUGGUGAAAUAUGUUAAAGAACAUCCUGCGUAUCGCUCUGCGAAACGAAUGAAAUACUCCACAACGAAUUCUAUACCGACUUUAGAAGUUGAACAACGACAUACAAAAACCACCAAAGAUGAAUUUUAA